GAAUCCACAAAGCCUCCCAUUCAGCCCUGUCCCCGCUGCUCAGCCUGCGGGCAGGGAGGGGGGCUCCUACCAGCAUCCACACAGGGACUGGCGUGGGCCCUUCCCUUGUGCAACACCUCCAGGCUGAACUGGCCGUGUGAGGCGGCAUGGAGGGGCCCCAGAGUGUCUUCUUGGUCCUACUGCUUUCUCUGUUGCUGCCACUGGGCCCAACUUGGCACACAGCCGCCCAACGAUGCCCACAGACCUGUGUCUGCGACAACUCCAGGCGGCAUGUGGCCUGCCGGCACCAGAACCUAACCGAAGUGCCCAACGCCAUCCCUGAGAUGACCCAGCGGCUGGACCUCCAGGGCAACAUGCUGCAGGUGAUCCCUCCAGCUGCCUUCCAGGACCUACCUUAUCUGACCCACCUGGACCUGCAGCACUGCCAGGUGGAGUUGGUGGCCGAGGGUGCCUUCCGUGGCCUGGGCCGCCUGCUCUUCCUCAACCUGGCCUCCAACCGCCUGAGCGUGUUGCCCCAGGAGGCGCUGGAUGGGCUGGGCUCACUGCGGCGGCUGGAGCUGGAGAAGAACAUGCUGGAGGAGCUGCGGCCGGGGACGUUUGGGGCUCUGGGUGCGCUGGCCACGCUGAACUUGGCCCACAACGCCCUCGUCUACGUGCCCGCCAUGGCCUUCCAGGGGCUGAUGCGCACUCGCUGGCUGCAGCUGGCCCACAACGCGCUCAGCGUGCUGGCCCCCGAGGCCCUGGCUGGCCUGCCCACCCUGCGCCGGCUCAGCCUGCACCACAACGAGCUGCAGGCCCUGCCAGGGCCGGCCUUGUCCCAGGCCCGCAGCCUGGUCCGCCUUGAGCUGGGCCACAACCCAUUCACCUAUGUGGGCGAGGAAGACGGGCUGGUGCUGCCUGGCCUGCGGGAGCUGGUGCUGGACCAUGGGGCCCUGCAGGCCCUGGACCCCAGGGCUUUCGUCCACUGCCCACGCCUGCACACCCUGGACCUCCGCGGGAACCAGCUGGACACUCUGCCUCCGCUGCAGGGCCCGGGGCAGCUGCGUCGGCUGUGGCUGCAGGGGAACCCGCUAUGGUGUGGCUGCCAGGCCCGGCCACUGCUCGAGUGGCUGGCGCGGGCGCGUGUGCGCUCGGAUGCUGCGUGCAGGGGACCCCUGCGCCUGCGGGGCGAGGCCUUGGAUGCUCUGCGGCCCUCAGACCUGCGCUGCCCUGGAGACACGGCGGAGGAGGACGAGGGGGAGGAACUGGUGGCUCCCUCAAAGCCUCGCUCCCCGCCCGGAGCCGCUGACGGGGAGGAGGGGGCUCAGCCCUGUCCGCGGCCCUGCGUGUGCGUCUCCGAGUCCCGGCACAGCGGUUGUGAAGGCCGAGGCCUGCAGGCUGUGCCCCGCGGCUUCCCCAACGACACGCAGCUCCUGGACCUGAGGCACAACCACUUCCCAGUGGUGCCCCGCGAGACCUUCCCGGGCCUGGGCCACCUGGUAUCACUGCACCUGCAGCACUGUGGCAUCACGGGGCUGGAGGCAGGCGCCCUGGCCGGGCUGGGCAGCCUGCUCUACCUCUACCUCUCCGACAACCAGCUCUCAGACCUCAGCGCUGCCGCCCUCGGAGGGGCCCCUCGCCUUAGCUACCUGUACCUGGAGCGCAACCGCUUCCUACAGGUGCCCGGGGCUGCUCUGCGCGCCCUGCCCGGCCUCUUCUCCCUGCACUUGCAGGACAACUCUGUGGGCCGCCUGGCACCUGGGGACCUGGCAGGCGUGCAGGCCUUGCGCUGGCUGUACCUGAGCGGGAACCGUAUCACCCAAGUGUCCCCCGGGGCCCUGGGCUCAGCUCGGGAGCUCGAGAAGCUGCACCUCGACAGGAACCAGCUGCAGGAGGUGCCCACUGAGGCCUUGGAGGGGCUGCCUGCCCUCCUGGAACUGCAGCUGUCGGGGAACCCGCUCAGAGUCCUGCCGGAUGGGGCCUUCCAGCCCGUGGGCCGAUCGCUGCAGCACCUCUUCCUGAACAGCAGUGGUCUGGAGCAGGUUGCUCCCGGGGCCUUCUCAGGCCUGGGGCCUCGGCUCCAGAGCCUACACCUACAGAAGAACCAGCUGCAGGCCCUUCCCGCCUUUCCCAGUCUCAGUCAGCUGGAGCUGGUCGACCUCAGUGGCAAUCCCUUCCGCUGUGACUGCCAGCUGCUCCCACUUCACAGGUGGCUCACUGGGCUGAACCUGCAUGUGGGGGCCACCUGUGCUGCCCCUCCCAGUGCCCAUGGCCAGAGGGUGAAGGCUGCAGCUGCUGUCUUUGAAGCCUGCCCGGGCUGGGCUGCCAGGAAGGCCAAGCGGACACCCGGUGCCAGGAGAGCCCGUAUGAAGGAAAGACGACGGGGAGCAGAUAAGGUUGGGAAGCAGAGGGGCCGCCUCUGAGCACUGGAGCUGGAGUCUCUUACUCUCAUCAGGAACGGGCUCCGCUGAGAUCUUGUCA